AUGCAGAGAAGUGUUGAUGUCUCAGGGGCCGAGCAGAAGCGUCUGGAUAAUUCUGCCCUAAAACAUCUGGCCGGGGAAUUCUGGGAGUUGAAGUCCACCGUCUUAAAGCCUCCAAGCCUUUUGCCCCCUCCUUUCGCCCCGAUUGGGGAGAAGCCCCUCUCCCCGGACUGCCUUCCCGCCCGCCCACACCCGCUCCCGGCUUCCGCUGGCCCCCGGGAUGCCCCCCUCGCCCGCUGCCUCUGCCAGCCACCGCCGGGCACUGCCAGCCCCGCCGCUCUUCCCGCCCCCUUCCCAGCCCCACAGUGCAGCGGCCACAGCGGCCGCUCCCUGCAUUUUCUGGCCGGGGUCACGAAGGAAGCCAGUCCCCAAGGGGUCCCCCGUCCUUGGACUCGCAGGGGGUCUCCGGCAGCCGCCCCUCGGCCAGGUAGGGGCCACUUCGGGGGCUGGGCGGGGGGCUUUGCAGAGAAGUCCCGAUCCGCACCUGCUGGCCCAGCACCUGAGCGCUCGGGAGCGGCACUUUCCCCAAAGCCCCACCCGCUGGCAGCAGAGCCUCUGCCCAUGGACCUGAAGACGGUGCCAGCCUCCCGAGAGCAAGGUUGGUAUUUGAAGCUGAUGGCUCCCAACAUCAAGGGCCCCUCCUACGCCUGGCUGGACCCCUCUCGUCUCUACUGCCACCCCCAGGCCUUGCAGGACUGCGUCGAAGAUUUGGUGCGACCGUUUCGGGACGAUGCCAUCGACCAAGUGGUUGGCAUUGAUGCCAUGGGGUUUGUCCUGGGCGCCGCCAUCGCCGUCACCCUCCGAAAAGGCUUUGUGACCAUCCGGAAAGCUGGCCACCUCUGUGUCGAGACCCACACGCAGACCUACAGGGACUACACGGACCGUGAGAAAGUUAUGGAAGCUCGCACAGACGCCAUCGGCCCAGGUGUCCGGGUCCUGUUGGUAGACCAGUGGGUAGAGACGGGGGGCACCAUGCAGGGCGCCAUCCAGCUGGUGGAACGGCAAGGCGGUGUGGUGGCAGGUAUCGCUGCCAUCUGCAUUGAAGACAGUGAGGGCGGCCGCUGGCUGAAACGCCACUACAAGUGGUCCCACUGCGUGGCCCCCCACCUGAUGCCCCAGUUUAACGCUCACCAGCUGGACUCCUUCCAAGCUUUCCGAACGAGCCUCCCCAGCCAGGAGCAGCCGCAAAGGGCCCCGAGCCACAUCUCCGAACCAGGGGCCCACAGCAGCCCUGCUUAGCCUGGGACCCCGGAGGCCCUUCCUGCAGCCCCACGGCUUCACCCCUCCACCCAGCAGCUUCUCUGGCCCCUCCAAAUAAACCCCCCACCAUCCUGUUCUGUGCAUAUGAAUUUAUGUAGAUAUGCAAAGGACUCCUGGAUUUAUAAUCAUUCAUUUAGUGAACGUUUGAAGUUACGACAGCACUUAUGGCCAUUUUUCACACUUAUGACCGUUAUAGCAUCCCAGUCACGUGAUCAAAAUUCAGAUGCUUGGCCACUGACUCAUAUUUAUGACGGCCACAUGAUCCCCUUUUGCGACUUCCUGAAAAGCAGUCAAUAGUGAAGUCAGAUUCACUUAACGUGUUACUAACUUUUAUUGUUUAUGCUUACUUAUUUAAUAUUUAUUUAUUGUUUAUUCAUUCAA